UGAUAAGCACACCACAGAGAAACAGGAAGUUGUGUUUUGGUGUAUGGUUUGGAAGAGCGUUACCAACACUGUUUAUGAGUGUCUAUCAGCGCUUCACAACUGUCUGAAAAUGGGUUACUUGACGUUAGUCUUGGCAUUUUUUGUUUUAGGAAUCGUUCAGAUAUCUACCACGAAGGGAGACACUUCUAUGACGGGACCUGAAGUAAGCGGAGAGGAUGAUUUCACGUCAAAGUCAGCCGCGCAUUUUUUUUUGCCUGUCUCCUCAGCUUCCGAAGCGCACAAGUCCGGUUAUUUCUUCUCUCUCAGCCUGUCGUCUUCCUUUCCCGAAGAUCUGGAGGUCAGCGACUACUGUCUGACUCUUCUACGUAUCUUUGGCGAGAGAUAUGUAACUUACGUUAACUGCUCUGUGUCUUAUGCGCGUCCUGUUAAAAUGUGCGAGAAAUGUUACAUAAACUACAGCGACCUAAAGGACAUUUUCAAUAACAUCUCAUCUGGCACGGGUUCAGGGAAUGAGAGUUGCUAUAACAGUCUUGUUCGCUCAGACCGGCUGAUGCUGGUCUACAUGCUCUACAGCAGCCUAAAGGACAUCUGGUCAGUGGCCUCAUGUUCAAAUUGUCUCAUGAAGCCGAACGAGACUGCUCUGAGUAACGACACGCUGUAUUUCCUCACUCUUCUCAACGUGUCAUUCAGCUGCUUCGAGACACACCAACAGGGGAAUCACUCAGAGCUUUGUAAAGAAUGCAAAGCACCCUACCAGCGCCUAAGUGAACUUUACAGCGGAAUGGAGAAGAAUCACACACUCUGCAUUGACCUUGAGGAUGCAAUGAACGUGACUCGGCGCCUGUGGAGUAAGAAGUACGAAUGCUCGUUCCCACUUGAGGAGAAUGUGCCGGUCAUCGCCGUGUCGGGCUUCAUGCUCUUCCUGCCCAUCAUCUUCUACUUGAGCAGCUUCCUGCACUCGGAACAAAAGAAACGCAAACUCAUACACCCUAAGAGAGCGAAGUCCAACCACAAUCUCAUGAACAUCCAAGACAAGUUCAGCUGAGCUGCAGACACAGAAGGAGGACAAGUGGGGGGGGUGGGGGGACUGGGGUUCUAAAUGAGGUCACAAUGCUACUGAUUGGUUCUGGUCACUGAUUGGUUGUUGUUGAUGGUACUGGUGAUUGGUGGAUGUUUGUUCAGGCAAUCUCAUGCUCAGGAGAGACCUUUUCAUAGUGUGUGAAGGGUGGACUGCACAGCAAGCUGGCCUCCUUUUAAGAACAGUCUAAGAAGGGUUUAAGAGAGUUCGAGAGACUGGCUAGCUGUGCUGGACUGUCACACACAGUACUCCUCAUAAUGCCCUCUUGAGUCUUCAGUUUAAAAGACUAAGUGGACCCCUUCUAACUUUGUGUAUAAAUGCACAGGCUUUCUAUGCUUUUGAACAUUUUCGAUUGGAGUUUGGUUUGGUUCAAGAGUGAUGAAAUAUAAAAGCAACUUCAACACUCUUGCUUUCACUGCUCUGAAGGUUAGAUUAAUGCAAGAGAAAGAUUUAUUUAUGACUCCUGUCUCCUGUCCUUCAGGGAUUGACCACAGGAUAAAUACAUUGUAUGUAUUUAAUACAUUAUAUGUAUUUAUCAUCUCAUCUCAUCAAACAGCAGUUGUAUUGAUGAGAUGAGAGUGGGGAAACAUAUUGUGCUACAUUUCACAAAUUCUUUACUUCUGUUUCCAUAUUUAUGAAUCAGCAGUAAAUGCAAAAAUGAUGUUUGUUUUCCUUCGUUAUUAUUUUGUCUGUGUGUAUGUUUGGAGUUCUUGUUGUUGUUGAUGAUGAUGACAUGAAAUUAAAGGUUUUGAGACAUUUUUGAUAUUAUUUUGGGUCAGUAAGAGAGAAGUCAUUGGAAGUAUACUCUUCAAAGCCCUGUUGCUUCAGUCAGGUUUGAAGUAUAUAUGAUCCAUUUGAUCUGUGUGUCUUUUUUUUUUUUUUUUUUUUUGUCCCGAUGUUUGUUUCCGGUCCAGUGUAUAAAAGAACAGAGUUAAGAUCACCUAUUCCAUCUCCACACUCUCUCAUGUCCAUUAGUGGGUCCCAUUAAUAGCAACCCCCUCUGAGGAGGUCAACGAUGGUUUAUGGAGAGAGGGAUAGAGUAGAGAGAGAGAGAGAGAGAUGGGUGAGAGAGAGAUGGGUGAGAGAAAGAGAGAGUGGGGGGAGGGUGAAAUACAGAGGAACAGAGAGCGGGAGAAAGACUAGAGAAAUGGAAUGAGGAGUGUGGAUAUGGAGAGGUUAUGGAGGUAGGGAAGGAUGAGCGAGAGAGAGAGAGCGCUGAUUCGACUUCCACACCACUUUUCUUCAUACUACCUCUUAACCCUGCUGUUCGAUUUUGUGUGUGGGGGGGGUCUGACUGUGAGCUGAUGUUUUUCAAUUUGAUCCGCAUUUUCUUCUUGCCUCAACAUUCACCAGCAGGAAUAGCAAGGUGUGCUGUGACCAUGUUUACAACAAACAAUCUUUUUUUUUUUUUUUUUUUUUUUUUUUUAAGUUUAAUUAUGAUUUCGCCUUAUAUGCUGUUUACUUAUUUCUUUAUUGCACUUUUUUUAAAAUGUGGAAGUUCCUAGUGUAAAGCAAAACAACAUCCCAGAUUUAAACACAAAAAAUAUAAUGUAGCCAAAUAGACACCGUAUCUUUACGUGCUAAUGCACAACAAGACUACUGAGAAAGCACUUUACACUUACUGAAUGAUUACCGGUGUAAAUAAAUUGCCAAUGUUUGUAAAUAAAUAAAACUAAUAAAGUGUGCUAUUGCAAUA